AAGAACCUGGUUUAAGGUGUUUGAGUAAUGAAAAGCUAUAAGAAGCAAGUGCCUUUUUAAUUAAUCAAUGCCUUUAUAUCUUAUUAAACUCAAGUUUUAGAAAAAGAUUGCCUUAGGUAGCCAUAGAAAAAAGAAAACACAUAAACUGUUUGAGAGUGACAUUAAUGUUUUGUUACAAGUAUAUACGCUCACAAAUAUAACAUUAUGCUUCACAGCUGCCUUGUUUCCAAGCAGAAGAGCAGUAUCCAACUUAGAAAUUUCCAGAAGUUUAUCAAAGAUUUGUGAUUUUAAGACAAAUGAAUAAUUGUUAGACAACCUGUUAGAACUGCUUUGCAACACCAAAAACGAAUAGUCUUCUUCAAAACUGGGACAACUUAUUUAUAGGUGUUAUGAUUCUCUCUAGAAAUAUAAAGAUGAAAAGACUUGGUCCCUGCCCACCACUUGACCAGGCUUCUGGAUGGCAGAUCGUUCAACCCUUCUUUUCUUGAAUGCUCUGUUUUGUUAUUAUCUUCCAUUCAUUUUUGCUUCAUUUUGUGAUUCAUUGAUAGACAAGGACGUAGAAUGAAAUAAAAUUCCCUGUGAUACUGUACAGUUAUACAUUAAUGACUGUACUGUAAAAAACAUCAAAUGCCAAGAAAACCAUCUUCCUAAACUAAAUUCACUCAAUCUCUCCUCUAAUUGCAUCAGGACUUUGCCAGAUAAAGUUCUUUCAAGUCUGAAAAGGAAUUGCCUACAAACGUUUCCAGAAUUAUUUUUGAACCAUACACCACUACAAAGAAUUACAUUGGACUGUACCUGUGUAUUCAUUAAGGGCAACACCAAGCCACUAAACAAUACUGUCUGUGAAGAAAUGCUGAAAAGCUGUGGGGAUACUUCAGUGGGCUUUUCUGUAGGAAUUUUCCUAUUUUUACUAUUGCUGUUCUUUGGAAUUGGGUGUGUUUGGCACUGGAAACACCCUAACACAACCCGAUUUACCUUGCCAAAAUUUUUGCGAAGGAAAGAAAGCAAGAGAAAUGACUAUGCUAAAACACCCUCCUUCAGUCCCCAAGUUAUUGGCCUAAAGCAUAAAAUCUCAGUUCAAACCCAAGGUCACAGAUCUGCUAUGGGGAAAACUAACAUACAUGGCAACUACGAAAAUGUGGAAGCAAGACCUCCUAAAGCUAGAGAAGAAACCGAUAAGGAAAUAUAUGAAAAUACAAGGCAGUCCAAUUUUGAGGAGCAUAUCUAUGGAAAUGAGACUUUAUCUGACGAUUGCUACUUCCUGAAGCCUAGUACUUCUGCAGCUCCUCAAGAGGAAGAUAUAUAUAUUCUUCCAGAUUCAUAUUAACUUUUCAAAAUACUGGGUUUAGUUAUUGGAGGAUAAACAUUCACUGGGGCUUUUAUUGUACUAAUAUCAUUAUUAAUCAAGUUCUUCUUAUAAAAUUUAAUGGUGUCUCUUCCAUCUCCACCCCUUGGAAUCUUUUGUAUGUGUAUCACAUAGAUUAAUUCUAGAUGUCCUCUGUACCAUCUUUGCUUCUAGAUUAGAUCUGUAUUUAUAUUAUUCGUCUUUCCAAAUAUUACCUGAAUUUAUCUCUUUCUUCCAUUUCUACCACUACCAUUUUUUUUCUGGCUCUGGAUAAUUGUUGCAGCCUCUUAACUGAUCUUUCUGACUCUAGUUUCUACCUACUCUACCAAUUCUUCAUGAUGCUGCCAGAUUGUAAUCUUCAGAAAAUAUCCCCAGUGACCUACAUUAACACCUUCGCUUAAAAACUUUUAAUGCCUCCUCUUUGCAAAAGACAUAAAACCCAUAAUCCUAACUCCAGAAUUCAUGACGUUCCACAGUUGGGUCCAAUUUACUCUUCCAAUGACUCUUUCCUAGUAAUUCCUCACUUCUCUGCUUUCGUCAGAAUCAUCUACAAACCUACCAAAUUCAUCUCAACUCCACAGUUUUGCUUGUAUGCCCCCCCAAGCCUGCCUCAUACUGUAAAUUCAACAAGUCUUCUGAAUCAUUUCAAACCUACAUUUACCUUGUUUUCUUUUCUAACUUCCUGUAGUUGUCCUCUCUGCUCAAUUUCUUGGGAAUUUAAGCAUAUCAAUAUUUGCUAUAAUAUUUUAUUACUAAAUGUCAUAUGAAAAUGCCUUAAAUUCUCAGCUAAGUAAUAAGGAACUGCCUCACAUUCAUAUUUUUAUCCCCAAUGCCUAGAUCAUCAUAUGCGGCACUCAAUACUUAUUGAAUUGACAUGAAUUGGAUUGUACAUUUUGCUAAGUAGCUUUGAGACAAAAUCUAAUAAAUUCAUUCAUUACUCAUCCAUCCAAGC